AUGCAUCAGACAUUUUAUUGGCAUUUAGUUUUUUCUUCAAUUUAUGGACAAGUGACGAGCCGAGGUUUUUGUCCCAGAAUUCCCACUGUGCGUCCAUUCGAUGUGUUGCAUUAUCUAGGCAUUUGGUACGAGUUCGAGCGGUUCCCAUUGGCGGCCCAAGCAGGGGUCACAUGUUCACAAGCAAGUUACACCCGAAACGAUGACGGAUCAAUUCGGGUUGUCAACACAGGAGUUCAAGAAAGUACUGGUGAGCCUGUUCGUAUAGAAGGUACCCCUAGAGCCGUGAAUCCACGAGACCCAGAGAGACUUUCCGUCACAUUUUCUCCUUUCCAGCCUGUUGACCCUAAUGGAAAUUACUGGGUUGUUAAAACAGAUUAUAUAAACUUCGCCAUCGUUUACUCCUGCAGACAGGAAGGACGGAGUAAAUCAGAAAAUGCCUACAUCCUACUACGAGAGCCGAGAAAUCCCAAUGUUAGAGCGUUGAGGUUAAUCUACAAUUUUCUCAGAUGUUAUCGAAUAAACCCAAGAAACUUCAUCCGAACAGAUUUCCGUCAGUGUCUGCUGCCUUAUCCUUAUAUGCACUAA